AAAGAACGGCGCUCAACCUAAAACCCCAACAAAACCUCAACUCAGAAACAAAAAGAUUUCGCGCCUGCCGUAAAACGCUCUCACCCCAGCGAGUGCAGAGAGAGCGUGGCUAGCCAGCCCCCGUAGUAAAAGCUGCUGCUGGGUCUCCAGUACGAAGCUGGGUGCAAACUCCCUCCAAUAAUAUCCAACUCCACGCACCCACCAAAUAUUUUCCCUUCUCUUUCUCUGUUUCUUCCUCGCCAUGUACGGACGACCUUCUCGCCGCUCCUCCGGCGGCGGACGGGGUCAGCCACCGCAACAACCCCAAAACCCUAUGUUCCCCCUCCAAAGCCCCAUCAAUUCACCAUAUGUCUAUCCCUCCAACCCUGCCUUCAUACCCCACAGUGCCUACCAAAACCCUUACCAAACCUUCCCUCCCACUAAUUUCCCUAUACAAAACCCUAAUUUCUCCCUCCAAAACCCUGGCUUCACUCCUCCUCCCCAGCAGGUUUUGAGCUCGGCCGUCUUUCGGCCUCAGAACUCGAGAGAUAUGCUCGAGAGAAUUGACCGCGCAGUGGGGAAGGCUCGCGACGAACUUGCAGCCGCAGGAGAGAACGUCUCCGCGUGGAAGGUCUCGCAGUCGGCCCUUCUGAUGCUCAAGGUUGAUAGCUGGGAUUCUUUGGGGUUUCAGAUGCAGCAAGUGCCGUCUCUGAACCGCCUCAUGCUCACCGAAGCGAAGAUAAAUGCAUUUAUCCAUUGUUUCGUUGGCGUUCAAACCAUUACUUCAUUGUAUGAUAUGGAAGUAGCAAUCUGCAAGAAUGAGAGGAUUGAGCAGUUUGAAGAGCUGGGAUUGGGCCCUUUGUUGCAACACCCACUUGUUUUGCAUUAUUUCUCGGUGAAGUCUGAUACAACUAAAGUGUUUAAGAUAACUAGUAGGGAGAUAAUAUCUCUACUUUCAGAGUUCAUGGAUACUUCUAACAAUAAAAGGUUUAGCCCUGAAGAGAUUUUAGAUUUCAUCGUUAAAAAGCGAGCAGCUGCAAGCAAGGAUGAUCUUGGAAUACGAAUUCACAGUGUGGGGAAUUAUAUUUCGGCCAUUCGGAAAGCCAGGAGAUUAGAAAAGAAAUCUGCGAAGGGAUUUGAGGAAAAAUUAGAUACAAAAUGUAGGAAGCGUCCACUUUUCUCCGCACUGAAAAAUCAGCUAGAUGAACGUUUCAGCACCAUUUCUCAGCGUGUUGAAUCGUUUUCUUCCAUGCAUAAGGAUUUUCGUGGCAAGCACAUUAGAUUUGAUUCUUCAAGCUCAGAGGAUGAAGAUAAUGAGAAUUAUUCAUCUGAAGAUGAUUUUGAAAAUAAUGACCCUGUCACAGGUAGUCAGGUUAACCACUCAGCACAGUCUGUUAAAAGUUCUGACCAAGUGAGCAGCUGUCCUUACCCGUCUGCAAUAGAAGAGAGGACACGUCUUGGAUUGAGCCAGCUUUCUCCAGCUAGCGGCACCCAAAAGCACAAUGAGAGUAGUGGGUCCGUUAGAAAGAAAAGGAAAUCUGAAAACAUAAACAGUGCAAUCUCCAUUCCGCACAAAUUGCGGAAGAGAGAUAAGGUUCAAGAUGCCCUUCCUGUGGAAAAUGGUAGGGAAACCAAUGAGGUCAGCAAUUUGCAUGAAGAUGAACUUUCAGUUGACAAUAACUAUAUGAAGAUGUUUAUUACAACCUGGAAGGAGGCAUGUCGGGAGCACACUGUGGCAGAGGUACUUGAUAGAAUGCUGCUGUAUAAUAAUACUAAAGCUCAGAAGAGAAAGAAAAUCAAGUCAAUGUUUUCCUUAGAUCCAUUAAUUGGAUUGCUAAAUGUUGCUGUCUCGUCUAUCAAAUGUGGAAUGUGGGACAGCAUGUAUGAUACAUUCCAAACUGUCAGUCAAUAUGAGUUAACUGGCAGUCUUACUGAUAACUGUCCUGAAUAUGUGAGCAUAGAUGUUGAACCAAUUACUAAAGAUGAACAAAAAAUGAAGGAUCCGCCGGUCAUCACUGAACAUAUUGUUGAGCAUAUGCAGAGUGUUUCUGUUGAGGACAUAAUCAGAAAAAUUACCUUGUAUUUUGAGAGUGAUCAAGGAAGGCAUAACAAUAGUCAAUCACUUCAGGAGAAUAUAUUUAUCUUCUUGAGAAAGCUUUGUGAUUGCGAGCUUUGGCUAGUCAAAGAAUUUGGUGUCAAGGAAUUUAAAUCCCUUGGUUAUGGGGAGUUUUUUAUGUUCUUAGAGAAACAUGCUUGUCUACUGCCACAUGAGCUGUGCAAGUUCCUGACCGGUGACGUAACUGGGAAGUGUCCUUUGGAGGUUUGCUUGCUCCAACACCAUUUGGUUGUUUUAGUAUCUCAAGCUUUGAAUAGCUUAUGGGAGGAUGAAAACAUUACUAAAGAAAAAAUAUUACUGCUGCUUAGGAAGCAGUUCCCAUUGGUUAGUUUCACAACUAUCGAAAAUGGUUCAGUGGAAGAUUUCUUAAGUAUAGUGGGAAAGCAUAAAAAUGCUGCGAUUUCCAAAUGUGUUCUAUUUUCGAUGGCACUAUGUGGAACUAGUUAUGCUAGACAGUCAUCAGCACAGAUGGAGAAUGUCCUAUGGAACAGCACUUUAAUCAAUACUGACAGUGGCCAGAAAGCAAAGCCUUAUGCAUCUGUUACAUCCAAGGAUGCAAUUGAAGUCUUACUUAGGGCACCAAUGAUGUCAGAUUUAAACUUAUGGUCACAUUGGGACCUUUUGUUUGCUCCCUCUCUUGGUCCUCUUUUACCAUGGCUGUUGAAGGAAGUCAACACGGAUGAACUUUUGUGUUUGGUGACAAGAGAUGGACAACUGAUUCGGUUAGAUCAUUCAGCAACUGUUGAUUCAUUCUUGGAAGCUGCACUUCAAGGAUCCUCUUUUCAAACAGCAGUGAAAAUGCUAUCUCUAUUUUCACUAGUUGGGGGAGAAAAACAUGUUCCUGUCUCCCUUCUGAAAAUUCAUAUACAACAUGCAUUUGAAGUAAUCCUGAAGAAUUAUUUAGAUGGUUUGGAAGUACAUGACAAUAAUAAUUCUUUUAAUUAUGGAGAACCACUGUCUAGACAAGAAAUUGUUGGUGAAGUUGCUGCUGGUAAAUUGUGUAGUAAAUUACACAGUGACUUAAGCAAGAUAAAUAGUGCAACGCCUGUUAUAUCAAGAUUUGUCCUUGAAUGUCUUGGGUACCUACCUGCUGAGUUUCGUGAUUUUUCUGCUGAUAUAUUGCUUUCUGGGAUACAAUCUGUUGUCAAACAUGCUCCUUCAGCCAUUCUGGGUGAAUGUAUCAAGUCAGAACAGCGUCUCAUGCUUCAUGAAGUUGGGUUGUCUCUUGGUAUAGUUGAGUGGAUUACUGAUUACUAUGAAUUUUGUUCCAAUGAUGCUACUGACUUGUCCAUAUCUGCAGAUUCACGUAUGAAUUCUGUUAGUUAUGAAACAGGGUCAAGCUCAAUGAUUGUGCAAGAUGUGUCAGGUAAGUUUUCUGCUUCUGAACAGAGCAUGGGUGCAUCUGGUAGGUCAGAUGAGCAGACAGGUGGAUGUACUGGUAUCUGUAUGAAGAUUGAUAGCGCAGAAGCUUCUGAUGCUAGAAAUGGAUAUUGUUCCACACAAAGUUCUGCGGAGCUUAAUAAACAUGAAGAUGCAGCCCAGGUAAUUGAGUCAAUCCGGAGAGAUGAAUUCGGUCUUGAUUCAAGCCUACAAAGUGUUGAAAGUAUCAUGCUAAAAAAGCAGCAUGCUCGCUUAGGGAGAGCUCUUCAUUGUCUUUCACAGGAAUUGUAUUCUCAGGAUUCACACUUUCUUCUUGAGCUGGUUCAAAAUGCUGAUGAUAAUACCUACCCAACAAAUGUAGAACCAACUCUAACAUUUAUUCUUCAAGAAUCAAGUAUUAUUGUUUUAAACAAUGAGCUAGGAUUCUCUUCCCAGAACAUUAGAGCACUUUGUGACGUUGGAAGUUCCACCAAGAAAGGAUCUAAUGCUGGAUAUAUAGGGCAGAAGGGCAUUGGUUUCAAAUCAGUAUUUCGGGUCACAGAUGCUCCAGAAAUUCAUUCCAAUGGGUUCCAUAUCAAAUUUGAUAUAAGUGAGGGUCAGAUCGGGUUUGUUUUGCCAACAGUUGUACCUCCCUGCAGUAUUGACUUGUUUAGUAGGCUUGCUUCUGGUGGCAGUGAUCAAUCUGACCGUGACUGCUGGAACACUUGCAUUGUUCUUCCUUUCAAAUCAAAGUUAUCAGAUGCAACUGUCAUGAAAAACAUUAUAAAUAUGUUUUCAGAUCUUCAUCCAUCUUUAUUACUCUUUCUGCACCGCCUCCAGUGUAUCAAGUUCAGAAACUUGCUCGAUGAUUCACUUACUGUCAUGAGAAAAGAAAUUGUGGGAGAUGGUAUCGUUAAGGUUUCACAUGGGAAAGAAAAAAUGACAUGGUUUGUAGUAUCUAAAAAAUUGCAAGCAGAAUUUGUUCGUAGUGAUGUACAAAAAACAGAGAUCUCGAUAGCAUUGACUUUGAAGGAAUCCGAUAGUGGCGAUUAUAGUCCAGAUUUACGCCAACACCCGGUUUUUGCAUUUCUUCCUCUAAGAACUUAUGGCCUGAAAUUUAUUCUGCAGGGUGAUUUUGCCAUUACUUCAUCUAGAGAGGAAGUGGAUGGAGAUAGUCCCUGGAACCAGUGGCUAUUGUCCGAAUUUCCAGGUUUGUUUAUCAAUGUAGAGAGAUCUUUUUGUGCUCUUCCAUGUUUUAGAGAGAAUCCAGGCAGAGCUGUGGCAGCUUAUAUGUCCUUUGUUCCGCUUGUCGGGGAGGUGCAUGGCUUCUUUUCUUCUCUUCCUCGAUUGAUUAUUUCUAAAUUACGUAUGUCAAAUUGCUUACUUCUAGAAGGAGGAAACAAUGAAUGGGUUCCUCCUUGCAAAGUCCUAAGAGGUUGGAAUGAACGUGCUCAUUCACUUCUUCCUGACAGUUUACUACGUGAACAUCUUGGCCUUGGGUUCUUGGAUAAAAAUAUUGUGCUGUCAGACCAACUUGCAAGUGCACUAGGUAUUGCAGAGUAUGGGCCCAAAGUUCUUCUUCAAGUUAUGGUCUCUUUAUGCCAUAAACAUAAUGAUCUCAAAUCAAUGGGGUUUGGUUGGCUGGCCUUUUGGCUAAGUGAACUUUAUGCAAUGUUUUUCAGUUCAUCUGUGGAAGCUUCAUUUGACUCUAGAAUUCAAAUGGAUGUCAUAGAAAACCUUCGAAAAAUUCCAUUCAUUCCUCUUUCAAAUGGUACUUACAGUGCAAUAGAUGAAGGCCCAAUUUGGUUACAUUUUGAUGCCUCAUGCACUGAGCUUGAAGCUCAGCACGGACUUGAGUCCUUUCCACACUUAUAUGCAAAACUUCGGACCGUAAAUCCUGCCCUCCUUUCUACAGUGUCUGCAGAUAUGUCAUCCAUGGAUGUGACGACAGUUGAAAAACUCACAUGUAUGCUUUUCCGAAUUGGUGUCCAGAAGUUGUCUACACACGAAAUUGUCAAAGUGCACAUCCUGCCAGCUAUGUCUGACGAUAGAAUAAUGGAUAGGGAUAAGAAUUUGAUGAUUGAAUAUCUCUGCUUUGUUAUGCUCCACCUACAGUCUAGCUGCUCCGAUUGUCAUGUUGAAAGGGAAUAUAUAAUCUCUGAAAUACGGGAUAAAGCUUACAUAUCAACAAGUCAUGGCUUUAAACGACCUUCUGAGGUAUCAAUUCAUUUCAGUCAAGAAUUUGGUAAUCCCGUGGACAUAAAGAAGUUGAUUAAUAUGGCGGAUAUGAAGUGGCAUGAGGUUGACAUCUCCUAUUUGAGACAUCCUGUCGCAAAGUCACUCCCAUGUGAACUGGAGAAGUGGAGGCAAUUUUUCCAGCAAAUUGGGAUAAUGGAUUUCGUCAAAGUAGUUCAAGUUGAGAAGGGAAUAGCUGAUAUUUCAGAUGGAGUAGUUAAGAAUUUGAUAUGGGAUAAGGACUUAAUUUCCCUUAGGUCAAACAUCACAGAUUGGGAGUCCCCUGAAUUGGUUGACUUAUUGUCAGUAUUAGCCAGAGAUGGCAACAAAAGAGGUUGUGAAUAUCUUUUAGAGGUUCUUGAUACUUUGUGGGAUGAUUGUUAUAGUGAAAAAACUACUGGUUAUUGUGCUUCUAACUCUGAAGCCGACAGAAGGCCCUUCAAAUCUUCAUUUAUAAGUAGCAUCUGUGAUGUGCAGUGGGUAGCAUCAGCGAUGGAUGAUGUGCUUCACUAUCCUAAACAUUUAUAUCAUGACUGUGAUGCAGUGCGUUUGACUUUGGGGGCAUCUGCUCCUUUUGCGAUUCCAAAGGCGAGAAGUGAGAAUUUCGUACGUGAUAUUGGCUUUAAGACAAUAGUUUCUCUUGACGAUGCUCUGGAGGUCUUGAAGUUAUGGAGGCGUGAAAAUGAAUUCCAGGCCAGCCUAGGGCAAAUGUUGAAAUUUUACACAUUAAUCUGGAAUGAAAUGGCUGCUUCAACGGAGAAAAUUACAGAGGUUUUCCAUUCAGGACCUUCCAUAUUUAUUCCUUAUGCAUCUAGCUUCAGGCACGAGGAUGUGGUAUCUGGUACAUUGUUGUCCCCUGCAGAAGUAUACUGGCAUGAUUCCACAUCGUUUGUAGACCAAAUCAGAGAAAUUCAUCGUCAGUGCAGCUCAGCAGGUGUUACUCAUGGCCCAUUGAUUAAGACGCUUUGCAAUUUCUACCCAGGCCUUCAUGACUUCUUUGUGAACGUCUGUGGAGUACAUGAGACCCCUCCUCUCCGAAGCUACCUUCAGAUUUUGCUUCAUUUAUCAAAUGUUGCUUUGCCUUCACAAGCAGCUAGUGCAGUUUUUCAAGUUUUCCUGAAGUGGACUGAUGGAUUAAAAUCAGGAUUGAGUGCUGAGGAUGUUCUUUAUUUGAAAGAUUCGCUUACAAAGAUUGAAUGUACGGUGCUUCCUACUUUACAAGAUAAGUGGGUUUCUCUACAUCCGUCAUUUGGUCUUGUGUGCUGGUGUGAUGAUAAGAAAUUAAGCAAGCAGUUUAAGCACUUGGAUGGCAUUGAUUUUCUAUACUUGGGUGAACUGAGUAAAGAUGAUGAAGAGAUGCUAUGUACGAAAGUGUCCAUCCUCAUGCAGACUUUAGGGAUUCCUGCUCUUUCAGAGGUUGUAACUCGUGAGGCAAUAUAUUCUGGUAAUGAAGACUCUAGCUUUAAAGCUGCAUUGCUGGAUUGGGCUCUUCCAUAUGCUCAGCGGUACGUACAUGGUGUGCACCCGGAUAAAUAUUCUCAACUCAAGCAGUCUGAAUUUGAGAUGCUGAACUGUUUGCAAGUAGUAGUUGUUGAAAAGCUGUUUUACCGGAAUGUUAUAAAGGGUACUGGAAGCGAAUCCAAGAAGCAAGUUGAAUGUAGUUGCCUUCUGACGGGUAGCAUUUUGUAUACGACCCAAGAGUCGGAUUCUCACGCAUUAUUUCUGGAGCUUUCUCGUUUAUUUUUUAAUGGAAGUCCUGAACUGCACUUGGCAAAUUUCCUUCAUAUGAUCACAACCAUGGCAGAGUCAGGUUCAAAUGAGGAGCAGACAGAGUUUUUCAUCUUAAAUAGCCAAAAGGUGCCAAAGCUUCCUGAUGGUGAAUCUGUUUGGACCUUGUCUUCUGUGCAUUCCUUAACGAGGAGUGAUAAACCACUGCAGACAAGUUCUAUUUCAACAGAAGUAAAUGAACAAAGCAGUUCGAAAUCCAAAAGCAAAGCAGCAACCUGGCCUCCUGUUGAUUGGAAAACUGCACCAGGGUUUGGUUAUGCUCGUGCAAAUGGUUUUAAGACGCAGGCACCAGGUUCACAGCCUAACACGGCUGUACAAAAUAAAUUGGGUGAUGAUUCUGAAGGUAUCUGCAGACAAACAGAUAAUUUGACACCUGUUUCAGUUGACACUAAUUGGACAAUUGAACAUUGUUCAGCAACGUCAGUAGCUUUAGUUUUGCCAGACUCCAAUCGUCUGCAAGAAAAUUGUGGUGAGGCUGGCAAUGAGGCUGACUUGGCAAUGCAUAUCCAGUUUGAUCCUAGUAGUUUUGGUCUUGUGUCUGAUGCUCCUGACUUUGGUUCAUCUAAUUUUAGCAGUAGAGAUCGGCUUAGAUUUGGUACACCCAAUUCAACACAAGCAAUUUUAACUGGGCGGCUAGGUGAGCUUGUAGCUUUUAAAUUUUUUGUUGACAAAGCUGGCGAGGCAGUUGUUAAAUGGGUUAAUGAACACAACGAAACUGGGCUACCAUAUGAUAUCGUUCUGGGAGAGAAGAAAAAUAGUGGAGAGUACAUUGAAGUUAAAACAACCAAGUCUACAAGAAAAGACUGGUUUGAAAUAUCGAUGAGAGAGUUGCAAUUUGCGGUUGAGAAAGGUGAAGCUUUCAGUAUUGCACAUGUCGUUUUAUUGGAUAAUAAUGUUGCAAGGGUCUCAAUAUUCAACAAUCUUGCAAAAUUGUGCCAGCUUCACAAACUACGUUUGGCUGUCUUGAUGCCUGAGCAACAGAAGGAAUUUUCCAUUGUGUCCCAGUCCUGAAAGGUGCUUCAUGUGGUCUCUUCUGCAUGCCCAAUUGGCCUAUCUCAGUUGAUGUGGCAGCGGAUGAUCUUCUUAUUUAAUCGGAUUUUAUCACAUCUAAUUGGAAAGCCAUAGGCCAGUUAAUUUCCAAGCAAAAGUUGACUUUUGGGUGAAAAUUGUGCUGGAAUUGAACAUGCCGGGAACUGUUCGUUCAAAUUUUUUAUCUGUGUAGUUACUGCUGUCAGCUGGGAUUCUUCAUAUUUAUUCGAACAAUUCAGUCCCCUUCAUUGAUUUUAAUAGGAGUGAGAAUGACCUCUCCUCUAUGAUGUCUGUAUGUACAAUGGAUAGGAAUUGUCUCUGGCAACAAUGUAUAUAUUUACAGAAUUUACUUGGUUUUUUUAACCAGAUGACAGUUGCUUAUCAAAGAUUUUGUACAGUUUUUUUACCACAGUAAAGAAAGUUGAGGACUUCAAGUUCUGCAUUUUAGGUUA